GAGGAACGCUUCUGAGACAAGGGGGAAGAAACGAACGAAUUUAUUUUCUUUUCUUUCUCUCCUCUGUGCGCUGCUCGACAAGCACGCACACACACACACAAAGACUCACCCGCACCUAUACGUGCGAAGCGCAUCUUCAUGUCUGUGAAGAAUGCCCGGUCGAGCAAGGAGCUCGUCGAGGCGGCCCGCACGCACCUCGCCGACAGCAACUUUUCUCCCACAAAAGCAGGAGACCUGCUUACGAGGGCAAUCCAGCAAGAUCCAACUUUUGUGAACGCGUUGGUGCUGCGCUCGAACCUGGCGAGUCGUCUCGGGCAGAUCAGCGCUGCCGUGGCGGAUUUAUCGCUGGCCAUUGAGGUGGACCGCGGCAGCAGCGAUGGCCGACGCGUCGCCUCGCUCUAUGGCAGUCGAUCGAGCCUCCUCGUACGUGCGGGGCGACCCGCCGACGCCAUUGCCGACCUCCACGCUGCGCUGAAGAGCGAGCCGGACAACGGCAUGUGGGCUUACGAGCUGGGACGCGUGUACUUAAAGGAGGGCCAUGUGAGUCUGGCGCAGCUCAACUUUCAGCGUGCCCUGCAGGAGUCGAUGUGGUCGCACGUCAAUGAAAGCACCCGCCCCAAAGUCUACGCCCUGUACGGCCGCAGCUGUUUGAUGAGUCACGACUACAAAAAGGCGAAGGGACUUUUGCGCAAGUCGUUGGACCUGGGUGGGGAGGGAGCCGCGGUGCUCCACGACGUCGGACUCGCCCACUACCACGAAGGCACCUCACCGACGUCCGCAAUCGACUUCUUUGUCCGCGCAAUGGAGAUGGACUCGCAGGCGGUGGUGUACCCGAUGCACCUUGGAUUAGCGCACACGCGCUGCGGGAACUUCAACGACGCGCUGUCCAGCAUGAACGAGGCGGUGCUGCGCGGGCAGGAGGAGGCGCUGCUACGCUUUUAUCGCGGCUGCAUUGAGCUGCAGCUCGGAUUGGGUCCACAAGCACUCGUCGAUCUGCAGGCCGCCGCAGAGCUGCAGGGAGCCAGCGAGAGCGAAGGCAGUGUAGCAACCAGCGCGAAGAAGCGCGACAAUACCUUUCGCACGGCGGUGACCUCCUCGGCACCGGCGUGGAUCGCGAUAGCCCUUGUGCAUCUCUUUUGCGGACACGCCCUGGACAUGGCCGCGACGAGCUUAGCAACAGCGCUUCAAAAGAACGUGGACCGGCAGCAACGCAUCUUGGCGGGUGUUCUGCUCGGCAUCGUGCGGCAUCAACAAGACGAGGCCCUCGGCGCCGUGCGGGCCUUCUCCGACGUUGUCUCGACAAUGCAGCAGGCCUCCAAAGAUGCCAAAGACAGCAACGAAAAUGUGCUAACGUCUUCCACAUUUGACUGUCGAUUUUCGUCUGACAUGGAGCUGCUCACGCUGACGCACGUGGGACUUGCGUACGGUGCGUGCGGGUACGCGGACUUGGCGCUGCGCUUCUUUACCCAGGCGCGCCAACGCGCGCAGCAGCGUGGCGACGCGGUGCAGGUGGCUUCCUGCCUUUUUCGCGAGGCCGUCGCGCAGGUGGAGCUGAAGGACAACUGGGGCGCACUGGAAAACGUGCAGCUCUGCACCGCGGCGGCUGGCGGCGCCUCUGCAGAUGGCAAGGGCUCGCCGUCGCCGGUCCCCACCGACAGUGACAUCUCCAGCGCAGCCCUCCCCUCCUUGCGUGCGGCAGCUGCUGCUGCUGCCGCCGUUACUUCGAUGACAAAGGCCCAUCGGAAGUCGCGGACCUCUUCCCUUCAAACGUCAACGGAGCGGCUCUCAGCGGAACACGCGUCUCCUUGCCCGUCGUUGCUGACGGUUCAUCGGCUCGCCCCCGGGGAGACGGCACACUUGUACGCCGUCACGCUGCGUCGACUCGGCCGUCUUUCUGAGGCCCUCCCCUUCGCCACAGCCGCGGUGGAGGCAGUGCUGCUUGGGACGGCCUCGUCUGCGACUCGUGCGGGUGGCCGCAACACCCGCGUGGGGGCAGCCGGCGUGCCGGCCUACCUCUAUCAUCGCGCCUUUAUUCACUUUUCACUGCGCAACUACGCUGAGGCGAUGAGCGACGUGCAGGCGUGCAUCAAGGCGUGUGGGACUCCCGCGGACACAGCCGGUGCCGCGACCACGUCCGCCGAUCCGUACUACCUGCGGGGCUGCGUUGCACACGCGAUGGGGGACUUCGCCGAUGCGCUGGCCAGCCUCACGUCGGCGCUGGAGGUGGACACGACGCUGCGGGAGUCGCCUGUCUUCUCCUACAGCCAUGGGGUGCUGCUCGCCAUAGCCGGUAAGCACGAGGCCGCAAUUGUGGCCUUCACCGCCGCUAUCUUGCACAGCGGAGGCACGAAGGAGGCUCCACGGUGCCCCGCCGUGUACCACCACGAGCGAGCGAAGGUGUUUCAGCAGAUGGGGCGCUACGCGGAGGCGCUGGCGGACUACAACUGCGUCCUGCCCACGAAAUGCGUGGUGUCUGCGAAAGACUGCGAUCUGCAGCUGUCAAACGUGAACUGGAAUGCGCUGGUAAAUCGUGCGUUGACGCUGAAGGAGCUGCAGCGGUACGAGGAGGCCGCCACUGACUGGGACGCCGCUCUGCGACUCGACAGGAGUGGUUGCCUGGAGGACCUGACCACGCAGGACGUGUUUGAGAUGCCCUACAUGGACCUGUGCCUGCCCGGGUGUGAACUCCACGAUGUCGAGAGCGAUGUAAUCUAA